ACCAUAAGGAGUCCGGUGCCUCCUCCCUCAUCCAAAUCACCCUCUCUGCACUAUAAUUGCUGUGUUUGGGUCUAUCCCGUGUCCCCUCCGUUCACCCACAGCGGUGUCCUCCCCGAGAGAAGCAGUGGACCCUCACACAGCCUCUCAGUUGCGCCGGUCCCAGGCUGGUGCGUCCCGCUGCGCACAGCAGCGCACAGUUUCCAACACUGCACACUUCACACGCGCGCUCCGGAUUUCUCCAAACCUCAGGACGGCUGGUGGGAAAGAGAGCUACAACUUUACGAGUCAAUAUGUUUCAUGCCUGGAUGACAGAGGAUCGGUGACAGGAAGUCUCGGGGGAGUUCAGGUACAGCAGGAACAGGAACGAGUCUUGGCUCCCCCCCUCAAGCAGUUUGCGCAAGGUGAUACAGCAGAGGCUUCUGUUGUGGCUGAUUGACCGGACGGCCGCAUUACAUGGAUUUCUUCACCAGCUGUCACUUAUGAUGUUAUCUGUUACUCUUUGAGCUCGUGUUAGUUGCUCUCCCCGUCACUUCACUCCCAAACUUCAGUCAGUGGAUCAUUUUGAGAGCGACAGGAUGGGAUCGCAGACCGGGGCAGCUCUGCAGAAACAGACGCUCCUGUGGUUCAUUGUAGUGUCUCAGUGUGUGUCGGCACUGGGGUGUGGACCCCACUAUGAAUUUGCCAUCGAAGAGUUCUGCCUGGCCAAAUUCAAAUUGGACAUGCAAGAGCUGGACCAGAGACACUGGUGUAGCUGGGAGGACACAGUCGAACUCUACGGCGAGCUGACAAAUUGCACGUACCUGGUGGCGCUGAAGAUGGAGUGUUUCUGGCCUAACAGGCUAGUGGAUGAGUUCUUCAUCCGAGUCCACAAGCAGUACUUCCACGACUGCUCGCUGUCUGGACGGCUUCUCAGGGAUCCACCCAACCGCAUCCUGGGUCCCUUCAUUGUAGUGCCCAUCCUGGUCACCCUCCUCAUGACGGCCCUGGUGGUGUGGAGGAGCAAACGCAGCGAGGGGAUUGUGUAAUGAAGGGAAGGAGGGGUGCAGGAGGGGCCAGGGUCACGAGACUCAAAAUUCACACCUGGAAGCUGAACGAGAUAAACUUAGAAACUACUUCAGUGAUGACUGAAUUCACUGACUGAACGUUGCAAUUCCCAACUAUUGUUACACCAAAAGUCUAACAUGGAUUGAAAUCAUUUCUUUGGGUUACAGAGCAAAGAGGAGCUGAACUGCUCACCUGAAUCUGAUGAGGACCAGCACAGUUGCUGGUGGAAAGAAAUUGUAAAUAUAAAACAUCACUUCAUUGAGAGAAGCUGCUUCGAAGAAUUUUGGAUGUGGUGAUAAUGCUACACUACACAUACAAGAAUUUAACAACUAUUUUUGGAGACCAUGAAAAUAACGAUUACCUACCACAGCAACACAGGAAUGAAAUGCAGUGCUGAACUUUCCCAGGAGACCUAUUUUACACUAUGGCUAGAAUACAACAAGACAGUUCUGUUAGGGAACCCAGGUCUAUCAGAUUUUAUGUGUAUGUACAUAUACCAUAAAUAUACAUGUACAAUAUGAGAUUAAUCUGUCAGUGGAUUGUCAGAAUGUUUAUGUCACACAAUAAAAACAACAACUCAUAGUACACUAAAUUAAUUUCUCUCAGAUGCAAAUUUUGUUUCCAUGUGAUGCAAAGAUACCUGAUUUUAACAGAUGUGUAUUAUAUUUGAAAUAUAUACUCUGAAUUAUGCAGAUGGAUUAUGUUCACACUGUCAGUGGGAGUAGAACAUGUCUGCUUUUUAGUUUUCAUUUCCUUCCCUCUGCUCAUAUCAGACACCCUGGCAUCAUGUCCUCAAUCUCUUGGCAUACCUACAGCUCAAUCUCUCUUCUGAAUGGGAAAACAAAGAUAUGUUUCUAUAGCAUAACACAUAGUGAACCAGCUGUAAAAAUGCAGGAGAUGAUGAUGUCACAGACUAAAGAUUGGCAGAUGUGCAGUACAGGUGAGCGACAGCACAACACAGAGACGACGGUCACUACGCAGGGGUCGAGGCCCCAAUUUGGACGUGUUGUGAUGAUGUUGUGUUCUGCAGCUUCCAUCCUCCAUCACCAAGGAAACUAAAAUGAAGAAAUGCCAGCAGACACACAGGUGGAAGUGGUUGAGAGUGAAGCCUUUGAAGGCCAACAUACACAGGCAGAAGAACUGCUGACAGUUAAUUAACCAAAAAUUCUUUCAGAUUUCCUUUGUUAUCAAUGUUGUGUACCAUAUAGAAAAGCACUAUCCCAACUAUUGAUCACAUCCAAUUGAGGCAGCUAUGUGAAAAUGUUGAAAGAAUACAAAAGAGAAUAAAGAGUAGAAAAUUCACAGUGGAAAAAUCACAAGUCUAACUACAGAGAGAACUUAAGGCAAUGGAUUAGCCAACGCACAUCUCUGCUGAACAUUGCCAUAGCUUAAAGCACAGUUUGUGUAUAGUUUGUGUAUCAUGGACAUUAGGUUUCUAUUGAUUUUAUGAUAUCCCAGUGUGGUAGACUGUGCUGUGUGAACUGUUUCCUCAUUGAUAUUUUUGAAUGCUCUCUUUCCUUUAUAGAUUCAUUGACCUGUAACCUGCCUGUCAGCAAAACACACUUUAAAACACACCCACACUUCCCCAACAUGAUCUUACUUUGUGCUUUGUGCCAAAAGCUCUUGGAAAACAAUGUUUGCUAUGAAAUGUCUAAAUUUCUGUUGGAGUGACUUGUAAUGUUUGAAUUUUAAAAUCUAAUAUCUGAAGAAAAGUUAAAUAAAAUGUGUGAUUAAUGUGUCUGAUA